AACAGAUAAGACUUUGUAGAUGAGGCGCGCCAAAAUCUUUCUGCAACUUCCAACUUCCAUUCAUGGCGUUUCCUCUAUCUUCCGCCAUUAUUUCUUACAAGCACUCUCUCAAUGUAUCCAUCACUCCCUCAUUUCCAAAACCAAGUUUUCUCCCUACGAGAUUCGUAUUUUGCUCUAAUCAAAUGCCUAGCAAAGACCCAGCAAGACCAGCCCGCCCCAGAAUUCAUUGCUUGUCCAAGAAAACUCGUUCAGAGGAGCUGGCAGACUGGCAUGAUUUUCCAACCAACUUUUACUUGUCAAUUUGCAGACAUGGAAUUAAGAAGCUUGAAAGUCUGAUUGCUGUGAUCCUUUUGUCUAUUCAAAUUUCUUCUCCCCUCCCUUUGGUUGGUUGGGACUCUUUGUCUAUAUCUCCUGCAACAGCAGUUCUUUAUUCUCCAGAUACCAAGGUUCCAAGAACAGGAGAACUUGCUUUAAGGAAGGCUAUCCCUGCAAAUACAAGCAUGAAGACUAUACAGGAAUCUUUGGAGGAUAUCUCAUACCUGCUGAGAAUUCCACAGAGAAAGCCAUUUGGGACCAUGGAGGGGAAUGUGAAGAAAGCUUUAAAGAUAGCAGUGGAUGAAAAGGAUUCUAUUUUGGCAAGUUUACCAACAAACCUGAAGGAAAAGGGCUCCACAUUGUAUGCAUCACUUAUUGAUGGGAAGGGUGGAUUGCAAGCCCUUCUUGAAUCUAUAAAAGAUAAGGACCCAGAUAAAGUAUCAGUCGGCCUUGCAUCUUCACUUGAUACAGUUGCAGAGAUAGAGUUGUUACAGGCUCCAGGCUUGUCAUUUUUAUUGCCCAAGCAAUACUUGAAUUAUCCAAGGCUUACUGGGAGAGGAAUUGUUGAAUUUACAAUUGAGAAAGGAGAUGGUUCAACAUUUUCUCCAGAAGCUGGUGGUGAACUAAGAAAGACUGCUACAAUUCAGGUUGCUGUGGAUGGAUAUUCAGCACCAUUAACGGCAGGGAAUUUUGCAAAACUGGUAAUUGAUGGGGCAUAUGAUGGGGCAAAACUUAACUGUACUGACCAAGCUGUUCUCUCAGACAGUGGACUUGAUAAGAACGGUUAUAAUGUUCCUUUAGAGAUAAUGCCAUCUGGGCAAUUCGAGCCAUUGUACAGAACAACAUUAAAUGUGCAGGAUGGAGAAUUGCCAAUUCUUCCACUCUCUGUAUAUGGAGCAGUUGCAAUGGCACACAGUGAAGUCUCUGAGGAGUAUUCAUCACCAUACCAGUUUUUCUUCUAUCUUUAUGAUAAAAGAAAUGCUGGCUUGGGAGGGUUGUCAUUUGAUGAAGGUCAAUUUUCAGUUUUUGGAUACACAAUUGUUGGGAAAGAUAUUCUUCCACAGAUAAAAACUGGAGAUGUGAUUCGAUCUGCAAAGCUGGUGGAAGGUCAAGAUCGCCUCAUUUUGCCAAAUGAGAGUUAAUUUUCUCUCUCGCUAAGCACAUUACGUCAUUCUUUGCAUAUGCUGCAUUUUAAGUGGCAUCAGCCUGAUUUUAUUGCUGCAGGUUGGCUUGUCAAGUUUUAAAUUUCCAGUUUUGUUUGAUAUUUGAAGUUGAGUGAUAUGUAAUGAAAUUUAUUAUGUUUGCUCAACAGUGGAAACUCUCACCGAUCCUUAUACCAAAGAAACUCUAAAAUCACUUUAAUAUAUUUUAUUCAUCAUAUAUAUUUUU